AUGACCAUCAUAGUUUUUCUUGUGGACACAAGUUGCUCCAUGAAUCAGCGAACUUACGCUGGGACCACCUUUUUAGAUACUGCCAAAAACGCCGUUGAGAUGUUUAUGAAGAUAAGAUCAAGAGAUCCGAACUGCCGAUGGGACCGAUACAUGCUCCUAACUUUCGAGGAACCGCCCAUGAACGUAAAGGCCGGAUGGAAAGAAAGUCAUGCCACAUUCAUGAAAGAAUUAAAAAACUUGGAGGCACAUUGUUUAACAACGCUUGGCCCUGCACUCAAACACACAUUUGACAUGUUAAACACCAACAGAAUGCAGUCUGGGAUAGAUACAUAUGGCCAAGGUCGUUGUCCUUUUUUCUUGGAGCCGGCAGUCAUCAUCUGCCUGACAGAUGGUAAAAAGAUGACCUCAUUAACUGGUGCUUCUAAUGAGCUAAACCUUCCGAUGAAUGUCGCUUGUUUGCCCGGAUCCGAGCUAACGAAGGAACCGUUUCGCUGGGACCAGCGAUUGUACGGUAUCGUAUUUAAAAUGUCCGCCACACCAAUUCAGGAUAACCUAACUUACAUUCCCUCCGAUGACUCCAGUAUCGAUGCAAUGUGUGAAGUUACUGGAGGUCGGUCGUACGCGGUUGCAACGCAGAAGAUGCUGAUGCAGUGCUUGGAGUCCCUCGUGCAGAAGUGCCAGAGUGGGGUUGUCGUUAAUUUCGAAAAACUGCCCUCUGAACCCCACAGCAACAACAAUAAUAAUAACAACAACAAUGAUUCCAACAACAACAAUGGCGGAAGUGGAAAGUCUCAGAAUUCGCCACAGAACCAACCAUGGCACAACUGCAAGCGACUAAUUUACGUACCCCGAUCAGCUCAGAGAGGUGGAACUGUUGGGCACUGGCCUAUACCUGAAGCCUAUUGGCCUGAUGCUUCUAGGGAUGUGCUGCCCCCGAGGACAGCCCACCCAAUAAUAAAUUUUUCCUGCCAACCAUGUGAACCAAUCACAUUGGAGAAUCUUCCAUUCGACAAAUACGAGAUGGAGCCAUCGCCACUGACGCAGUACAUUCUGGAAAGAAGGCAGCCACAUGUCGUUUGGCAGGUCUACAUGCAGAACAGUUGCAACAAAUACUCAACGUCAGAUAUAGGAUAUCCAUUCGGUUACAUAAAAGCCAGCACGACUCUUAAUGCUGUCAACCUAUUCGUUAUGCCUUACAACUACGCCGUUCUAGUACCAUUGCUUGACGAACUGAUAAAAGUGUUAAAGUACAAGCCAACAAUAAAGUGGAAGAUGCAAUUUGAUGCCUACCUCAAAACUGUCCCGGCCUAUUAUGCUAAUCCGUUGAAACGUGCGUUCAGUCGGAUGUCCCUGCCCCCAACACUGAACUUAAUACCUGAUCAGAUGGACAACUGCCUCAGUUACUCCGUGGUACUUCACCUUAAGAAGAUUAAGAACCAAGCAAAAUUAGAAUAUGACAGAUUAGUAGCAUCAGUCGGCCAGUACCCAACCCACUGCCCCACCAUUCGGGUCUUGCCCUCUAGGCCCCCAACCCCACGUCUCGCAUCAUCAUUAUCAUCAUCGACAUCGUCGUCAGCUCAGCGCGGCGACUUCAAGCAUUUGAUUAUUCAGUAUUCUGCUGGAAAUGCUUGCGGGCCGAAGCAGGGCUUGCUUUCAUCCCACAAUAAUAUGAAUAACAAUAAUAAUAAUAAUAUGAAUAAUAAUAAUUUGGGAGUUGAUAGUUUUGAAGUUUUCAAUCUACACGCCAUUCAAAAGAUAGUUGAUACGCACAUAUACACAAACCCGUACGACAUACACAGGUCCGACUUGCUGUUGAACCUUGCCAAGAUGAGAAUGAAUCUUCUGAAGUCUCACAACCAUGCCCUCUCAACUAAGUUUCAGAACAUGGAUGCCAUCCACAACUCACCGAUCCAAGAGAUGGGCAACUACCAGGACUACCUGAAGCGACAACAGCCUCCCCUGAGAGAGAUCGAGACCACGCCCACCAGGGUUCACACGUUUGGCAACCCCUUCAAAGUCAAGAACAUGAUGAUAGAUGAAGCCGAUGAAGCGAUGCCCGGGCAGUCGUCGUCGUCAUCUUCGUCGUCAUCCGCCCGGAAAAGGAGUUUAUCCGAAUCAUCUACGUCAUCGUCGACGUCAUCAUCGUCCUCUUUAUCGAAAGCCAAUAAAAAGCGAGGACCUAUACCAAGAAGUUACACCCUUCGAACUUUCCUCUCCUCACUAUCAUCAUCACCACCGCCACCACCAUCAUCACCAUCAUUACCCUCUUCUCUGACACCUUGCCCGCCGACGCCCAUUCCAUCGUCUGACCCAGUCAAAUCUGGGUCAGACGACGCAAAUAGGUCAAAUGACGUCACGAUGACGUCAGACGAGAAUGAGCCAUGUAUAGAUUUGAAGGUUGGUAGCAGCGAGCAAACAUCGCUCGCUGGGCAAUCUUCAGAUCAUUCAAAAUUACGUAAAAAGAAUAAGAACAAAAACAUCAACAACAACAAAAACAAAAACAACAGCAACAACAACAACAACAGCAUGACGACUAAUAACAAAAAUGACCUCAGUAUCAUCAACAAUAACGUCGAAAACAUCAAAAUGACAAACGGUAUUGAUGUUCUAGUCUCGCAGAAUCACAUCAACAACAACAGCAGCAACAUCGCAGACGACAUCAGCUUAGACAACAGCAGCAAUGACGCCAUCAAUAAUGGCGUCACCGACGAUGACGAUUUCGAAGUAGCCAGUAGCGUUCUAGAACUUUUAAAUUCUAAAAAGUCCAUUCUUAAUGGCAAUGUCGAUACUGCAAGCUUCAACAGUGAAAUUAAGAAACUCAUCGUAACCGAAGUUAAGAAACCGGGGAAAAAAUACACUAUAAUUUUCAACCUCCUUCGAUGUCUGCGUGGGGACACCUCAGAAAAAAGAUCACAAAUAGAAAAGGUAAUAAGCGAGGCCAGCCGAUUUAAAAAGUAUGCUCUGGUCAGGAUUUUGGAAGAAUAUUGCAACAACAACAACCGUAAUAACUACAGCAAUAGUAUUAGGAACAAUUUUUUGUAGUAACACAUGAUGACAACAAUUAUAACUGUGUUGCUAUGACUGUAGCCAAAAACUGUAAAUAGUAAAUUAUUAUUCUUUAUUUUAUUUGCAUCUUCUGAGUGACAACAACAACAUCAACAGCAGUAAUGUAAAAAGCAACAUCAGCAAUGCCACCACCAUCAUCGUCGUCAUCAUCGUCAUCAAGAAAGCAGCUACAACAGCAGCGGUAGCAGCAACCACAGCCGCAGCAACGUCAACAGCUGCAGCAGCAGCAACGUUAACAACAACAACAGCAGCAACAACAACAGCAAUAAUCAAACAACAACCACAUCACAAUAUCAAAGAUCAAUAUAUCAAAAAUACCAGAUAGAAAAUUUUUUCUACCAUCUUUUCUCGCCAUUUUUAAUGUACCCACUCACAAGCGUUUAUACAUACGUGUACAAAA